AACCGCAGCGACCCGGACCCACGAUCGGGAUCAUCAGCGCGCCCCGUGUCCGCACCCACGAGGAUCUGAUAUCAGCGCAGCCCCGUGUCCGGACCCACGAGGAUCUGAUAUCAGCGCAGCCCCGUGUCCGGACCCACGAGGAUCUGAUAUCAGCGCAGCCCCGUGUCCGGACCCACGAGGAUCUGAUAUCAGCGCAGCCCCGUGUCCGGACCCACGAGGACCCUCUGCACAGCAUCCAGCCAGCAUGGAGCCGGCUCCGGAGCUGAAGAGGAAUAGUUUCCCCAGCAUGAACUUUGAAGCAGAGAUUCUGACAACACCACAUGAUAAUUCAGAGCUCUACAUGAUCCCUGCCAUGAGAAGCCUCACAGCUGAGGAGUAUGUGGAGGCCUUUAAGGCGUUCUUGGAGCACUCGACAGAGCACCAGUGCAUGGAUGAGUUCAACAGGGAACAAAUGCCCACCAUCGUGGCUGGUCUGGGCACUGGAAAAUCGACCCUCAGCGUUCUGGGAGUUGGGAGUGGCACAGGUGAGCAGGAUUUGAAAAUGAUCAGGAUACUGCAGGCUGUGCACCCAGGGGUCUUUAUUGACAAUGAGAUUGUGGAGCCCAACCCACAGCACGUGGCAGCUUACAAAGAGCUGGUGAAUCGAGCUCCAGACCUGCAGAAUGUUUCUUUUAUUUGGCACCAGCUCACUUCCUUGGAGUAUGAACAGCAGGUGAAGGAGAGAGGCACACAUAAGAAAUUUGACUUCAUCCAUAUGAUCCAGAUGCUGUACCGUGUGGAGGAUAUUCGCAGUACUAUCAAGUUUUUCCACAGCUGCCUUGACCAUCAUGGUAAACUCCUGAUCAUAAUUUUGUCAGACAGCAGCGGCUGGGCCAGCCUGUGGAAGAAGCACAGGGACUGCCUGCCCGCCACCGACAGCGGCCACUACAUCACCUGCAGCGGCAUCACCGAGGCGCUUCAGAGCCUGGGCCUGCAGCACCGCGUCUACGAGCUGCCCUCGGGCUGGGACAUCACCGAGUGCUUCAGCGAGGGGGACGCGGUGGGCGGCCGCAUGAUGGAUUUCCUGACGGGCACCAAGAACUUCCUGGGCACGGCCCCGCCGGCGCUGCGGCGGCGGCUGCAGGCGGCCCUGCGGCAGCCCGAGUGCAGCAGCACCAGGGACGGCAGGGUCAUCUUCAGCAACAACCUCAGCAUGAUCGUCGUGGAGUCCUAGAGCCCGCAGUGUGCGUGGGCUUGUUUUUAACACCGUGCUCCUGCCCGUGCUUUCAGUGGAGUUGCACUUUGUGUGGGCAGCACGUUUGCACAGCCACGGACGGGUGUGCGCAGCCUGGGCGGCUGUGAAGGGGUGGCGGCCCCCUCACAGAGCUGCUGCUGCUGCCGUGUGUGCCACUGAUGCCUUCUGUCCCCUAUGGGUCACCAGAAACUGAUGAAUUGUGAAGGCUGACCUGGAGCAGAGGCUAGACAGUUUAAGAAUAAAGUAGGGAUUUAUUAGAAGGCCUCAAUGGAUGCACCUUGGGCAGCACAAGAGCCCAGCCAUGGCUGCAUCCAAGAUGAACCAAAAUGGUCACAAAAUGCACAACCAGUCACACGAUCUCACUCUUUUAUCAGUUCUGCUCCAUUUGCAUCUUGGAGUUAAUUGUCCAAUUCCAGCUUUAGCCCAUGAAGUCCCAUCCUUCUUGUUUUUCUCUCUUCAGCCCACGUUGUUUAUGUUCUUGGGCCUGAGAUUUGGAUCAUUUGUCCUUGGUCCCCAGCCAGAGAAGGAAUUGUUUUGUCUCUUUACUCUGAAGAGAGCUCACUGUCCCCUAAUAUGAAGCUCAGAACUACACACUAAAGCAGCACAGAAUCUGAAAAAUAUAAAAGCUAAAACCUGAGGCAUCACCAGGACAAAACCAGCAAGAUGUCCCUGCUGCUUUGCACCCGGGCCUGAGCUGCAAGUUGCUCUGCACUAGGCUAUUUCACAUGGUUUUAUUGGCAUGGACAUUUACUGCCUCAAGUCUCUCAGCAUCUCACAAUAUAGACGUCUUAAAAAUUUAUCAGCCUUUUUGUUUGGAGAAUAUUUUGGAACCCAGAAUGAUCCUUGCCCUGUGCUCUUUCAGGCAGACAUUAAUUUUGUUACUUUCUUACUACUGUUUGUCUCUAUAUAAAAUAAAAGCAAUCUUAAAUGAAAAAAAGUCACAUCUGGUUCUG